CAAAUGUCGGUGCUGGUGCAGGGCAGAGGGGGAGUUCUGCUGGGUCAAAAAUACGCAGGAGCCGCAAAUCAGAAACUCAGCAGACCUGCGCAACUUUCUAACAAGCACAGUUUGGUUGGUUUUUUUUUUUUUUAAACUACUUUUGAGUUAACUCUGGUCGCUGCAAAGAUGACCACAGCCGUGGUGUCGCCUUUCUUCGACUUCGAAGUCAUCAACAAGAACAACAAACUGCUCAGCUACAACAACAACCUGGGUGCUCCCCAUCCCAUGUCUGUCCCUUGCACUGGCACCAAUGUGCCCAUCUCCAGCCCCGCCGGAGCCCUGCUGGACAGGAAGGUGGUGGGAUCUCCCUCAGUGGGAAACGUGUACCAGCGGCGGCACUCAGUCAGCAACACAAAGUUCAAUCAGAACCAGUUUCUGAACAGCCUGAAGGCAGCGGACCACUCCUCACUCAUCUCAGGGGUUGGCAAUGCCAGCAACAACAAGGAGAACCGCCUGCGAGACCGCUCCUUCUCUGAGACAGGAGAGAGGCUCCUCAACAAGUGCCUGGGCCCUGCCAGUCCCACCAGCGGCAGCAGCCAAGUGAACUCCAGCCGUUACAAGACGGAGCUUUGUAGGCCCUUUGAGGAGAACGGUUCCUGCAAGUAUGGCGACAAAUGCCAGUUUGCUCACGGAAUCCAUGAACUGCGCAGCCUGAGCCGCCACCCCAAAUACAAAACCGAGCUGUGCCGCACCUUCCACACCAUCGGAUUCUGCCCAUACGGGCCUCGCUGCCAUUUCAUCCACAAUGCUGAGGAGCGCCGUGGACCCCCCCAGCAGUCCUCCCCUCUUAACUCUUCCAACAAGAUGGAAAGGCCUCGACUGCAGCACAGCUACAGCUUUGCAGGUUUCUCCAGCUCAGCUGGGCUGAGAGACAGCCCCACCUCAGUCACGCCUCCACCCAUCUUCUUCCCUGACGAGGUCUCCGACUGGCCCAGCAGUAACCCCUUCACCUACUCCAGCCAGGAGCUGGCCAACCUGUUUGGGCCCAGCCUCAGUGCCGGUCCUGUAGGCACAGAGCCCAACACCCCUGCACCACCCUCUCCAACAAGCACGCCUUACUAUUUCAGACCCAUGUUGGAGUCCCCUCAGAUGUUCGAGUCUCCAUCCAGCCCUCCUGACUCCCUGUCAGACCAGGAGGGCUACCAGAGCAGCUCUGGAGGCAGCCUGAGUGGCUCAGAGUCCCCCACCCUGGACACCGCCCGCCGCCUUCCCAUCUUCAGCCGCCUCUCCAUCUCUGACGAUUAGACUGCACGUAUUCACCAGUGACUUAAAAGUUUGAUGACACAAAGAGAACACGGCACUCCCCUCUACCUCUGCCCCUUUCCGACGCUUCCCUGUCCUCCCUUACACAAGACACCGUGUUAGUUCCUUGUUAGCAUUGUAAGGAUGUAGUCAAUUAAGGGAACUCUCUUAACUCAAAUUAUCAUUUCAUCCUUGUCAAUCCGCACAGCAAGUCUUCAAACGUAACAUGCCACGUGUCAUAGUGCCAAAAAAGGAGAGGAAAUUGAACAAUGAAAAUCACAAGAACAAGAAUUGACUGUUUGCCAGGUGCCACUUGUUUUUUUCGUUUGUUUUGUUUUGUUUCUUUUUCUUCUUCGUUUGUUCUUGAAUGUGUAGCAGCACAAGUGGCCUUGGAAAGGGGUGUGCAUUGCACUAGCCCCCCCCCCCCCCCCACCCUCAACCCCACCCCUCCCUAAACCCCUUUCCUCCCUGAUGAUACCACUUCCCCUGAGCUAGCUAGAGGAUGCUCACUAACAUAACUGUAGGUGUACUGCAGCCGUUUUUUUACAGACUGAGUUAAGACAAAAGGAUGAAAAAAAAAAAAUAAAGACCCUGAAAAGAUAUGAAUCGUUUUUAAAAAGAAAAAGUGCCUGGGGCGGUUUCUGCAUGUGUUUAGGGUGAAUGGACUACUGUUUUUGGUUCUUUCUCAUUUGCCCCCCACCCCCUCCCCUCCCCUUCCUCGACCCCCACCCCACCCCUCGGUCACAGUUCUUCACAAGCCUCGUCUUAUGUAAUUGUGGACUGGGUGAGUGUGCAGGAAGGACUUUGAACUGGAAGUUGGUUAUGCCCCCCCCACCCCACCCUCUCUUCUGAGUUUUCUCCUCCUGUUGCUGGUCACUGGCUCUUUUUUUUUUUUGUUUUUGUUUUUGGGAAGGAAGUCUUGAUAUCAAACUGAUCAUUAAACCUGUAAGACUUUGCCCCGCCUCUCAACCCUGCCUUCCCCCUUCAUCCUCGACGAUCUGGGGAAUUCCAGCAUUCCCAUGGUGCAGUUAUACAUCCUGCGACUUGACAAGAUCGGAUCUCCAAGCUAUUUUACUUUAGUUCUCCCCCGACUUUAGAACCUGCUCCGAGGAGCACUCUGUACUCAUUACAUCCCUUUUGCUUUCUUUAUUUGAUAAUUAUUUUUUAUUAAUGUUAUUAUUACGGUUAUUAUUGUUUGAGAAACUUUCCAGACAGAAGGUUUGCUUGUCACUGCUUAUUUAACUUAUCAGAACAUAUUUAUUGGUGAUCAUAUGCAUUUUUUGUUAAUUUUGUUUUGUAUUUAUCUGGAUAAUGAACAAUAGAAUAUAUUUUCUUUUAUGUUAAAUUAUGAUCUUCCAUAUUAAUCUAAAGAUUGUGAAGACGUUUUUGUCAGUUUUCCUUUUUUCACAGUUAAUAUAUUGUACUUCAAUGACUUGUUCUGCAACUACACUUUGUCAAAAUGAAACUUAAUUUAAAGCAAAAAAAAAAUGCAAAAAAAGAUGUUUUGCGUUUUGAUUAUUUAUUGUACUUUUUUUCUUACUCCCUCUUAUUGGACUGCAAUUCCAUCUAAACAUAGAUUUGCUUGUAUUCAUUCCUGACAUUUUCCCCCUCACAUCCUACAGUAAUCUGACAGUAACAGUAGCUAACUGUUAUGACAUUGGUUCAGCUCUUGGGUUGAUGGUGGACGUUAAGGGGUGCUGAAAGACCUCCCACAUCACUGGUUUAGGAGAGUCUCCAAGUUACAGUGGUAAUGUUGAAAUGUCGGUAAUGUUCUUGCCCAGUCUGUUAUACAAGCAAUAGCUGUGACCAAAUGGGUUGAGGAAAGUUAUUUUGUUUUUAAUUUGAUCAGAUGCUUGAUGCACUUGCUUGCCCCCCUCCCUCCCCCCUUUGACCAAGUGCCUCAUUUAAUACAUUCCAGGUAGCUAAGGCUUCGCUCUGCCUUUUUAUAUUUGAUAAUGGAGGACAGUUAAUUUUUUUUUUAAGUCACGUGUUCUGUGUUGCCUUCACGUGUUUGGAAGAGGGGAACAGAUUUUGACACAAAGAAAGUAAAACAGUUGAAUGUAUUUUUUUCAGCCAUGUUUUUUUUUUUCACUACAGUAAUUUCUGUGAGUUUAUAUGAAAACCUGUUUUUUUUUCCUCUUUUGUAAGUAUUGAUUGCAGUUAAGUCAAUAAACCCCAUAUUUUUGGAAAAGUGAAA